CGUCUGGGUCCAGAGAUCCAAUUCUCAGCAGAUCCACUCAACCUUUGACCUUCUGUCAUGUUCAGAGGGUUAAGCCUCAACCGGAGGCGCCUGAAGGCACCGCCCCCUCUCUCUCCAGGAAGUGGACCGGUCCAGCUCUUUAUGUUGGCUGUGAGGAGGAAGAAACACAUCCAGUGCUGUCAGAGCAGAGAGCAUCACACUCCCUGACCGGACUCCAGGCAGCCCGACGUUCCCUGAACGCCUCAUCACUUCACUGCAUUCACUCUGCACCCGAUCCAGCAGCUGAUCCAGCCUUCAGACAGGAGAAGAAGAGACAUCAGGGGGGCAGAGAGUCAGAUCAGCAGGCAAGCUGCUGCUGCAGGCGGAAGAAGAGCGGGCGAUGCACCAGCCAAAGCCAGAGGUCAAGAAGAAAAGAGCCAGAGUGGUGAAAAGGUAGAGCGACAAAGAGGUGGCUCAGCCGUGAUCUGAAGCAGAAGCGAUGUGAAGCAGGAGGAGGCGAGAAACAUAAGAAAUGCUCUCAGAGAUUAUGUGUAGGAGGAUCUUCCAGCAGCAGAGGCGGCAGGACGAGAAGCUGAAGGAGGCCGAGGUCCGCAGGAAGAGCGGCGAGACUCCAGGCUGGACGGCCGGCUGGACCAAGAGCUGCAGCGGCCGCCUGCAGAGCCGGAGGCAGGGGGGGCCCAGGGCGCGCCUUCCCCGCCACAGGCCCCGCCCCCAUCGCUCGCAGCGCCCCCGCAGGUCGCUGCGGUCCCUGCGUCCGGUCAACAUCCAGGGCAAGGGGGCCCGGGGCAUGCAGGCCCCCCAGAACACAAACCAGUUUCUGAUGCAGGAGAAGUACCAGAUGCAGCAGCUGCGCUCCGACUCGGUGGGUGGCGACAGCGGCUGCAGCUCCGACAGCGACCUGGAGCUCACUGACAUGGACUCAUACCUGGGCGUCCUGGAGAACGCCAGGGGCGGCCUGUUGGACGGCCCCGAGCCGCCGGCGCCGCCAGGACCGCCGGAGCUGCGCAUGUUCCUGCAGGAGGACAGCGUCCAGUACGUCCCCUCGGAGGACGACUUGCAGCUCAGUCACAACUUCAUGCAGAGAGACUUCGCUCAGUUCUGCGAUUUCCUGGGAGCGUGAGGACGACCUUGUGACCGUAGGAGGCGCUGUUGCAUUUUAACGCAAUGCUUAAAAACGCAAACGCAAAAUAAUACAAAAAAGCCAAACAACAAAUAAACAAUAAUAUCUGAUCACUAAUAUUAUAACUACCUUUGAUAAUAUUUAUGUAGACCUGUCACAAAAACAAUUUUGCUGGAUGAUAAAUUGUCCUAGAAGUUAUUGCGAUAAACGACAAUAUUGUUAUUUUAAAGCCAUUUUCAAGUAUUUCAAUGCUAAUGGGAAAAAUAAUGCAAGGACACAUUCUCAAAGAUUAAAUUCUAAUGAAUAUUUAACACCUGAACUGAAAUACAUUUUAAAUAUCCAAAAUACACAAACAAAACAACAGAAACAGCAUAUGAUUUAUGAAGUGUGUAAAAAUUAUUGUCCUUCAUUAAAGGACAAUAUUUUAUUACAGUUACAGUUGGCUAGUUUCUGAUAAGAGGUUUUAUAUUCAGUGACUGGAUUCCCUGACAGUCAUAAUACUUUGGGCUCUUUUUUUUCCCCCUUUUGCGUUUGUUUCCACUUACCCUGCAGAGGUUACGCUGUUGUUAAAAUGCAACAGCUCCUCUUAUGGUCACAGAAGAUGUAACACCGUCCAGUUUACUGUCCUCAGAAAGUCAGAAUCUGACCAGACUCCAACAGAACCGGACAAAGAUGGAGCUGGGUUAUUGUUUUCAACCAUUUUUAUUUGUCUUUGUCCUGUCUUUGCCGUGGACAUUUGGACAUAAACAUCUCAGUUUUCUGUCUCUUGCUGUUGAACACAAAAAGAAAUGGUGGGCUUGAGCCAGGACGGCCAAUCAGCAUCCAGCUGGGCAGAUUAGGCUCAGAUGAUUGGCCGAUGAGAACUCUGUGAAGCUUUUUACUGUAUGCAGAAUAAAAAUAAAUAAAUGUUUAUUAUGACUAACUUUA